GCCGAGCGGCGGCGGGAUGGAGGGCGGCGAGGCUGCGCGGCUGCUGGCGGAGCGCAGCGCGGGCCGGCUCAGGACGUACCGGCGGCGCUGGUUCCUGCUGGCCGUGGUGUGCCUGCUCAACUGCUCCAACGCCGCGCUGUGGCUGACAUUUGCUCCUGUGGCUGAUAAGACAGCUUCUUACUUCAACAUUUCCCUGGAGGCAGUCAACUGGCUCUCGCUCGUGUACCUUCUCAUCUCGAUCCCAUUUGGGCUGGUGGCAACGUGGGUCCUCGACAGCGUGGGGCUCAGAUGGGCCGUGACCUUGAGUGCAUGGCUGAACAUGGCAGGUAGCAUCAUCCGGACAUUCAGCGUCCUGAAGUUCCUGAGUCUGGGCUCCCAGAGUUACUGGUUCCUGUUUCUUGGACAAUGCCUCUGUGCACUGGCACAGCCCCUUGUCAUCUUUUCACCAACAAAACUGGCAGCACUGUGGUUCCCAGACCACCAGAGAGCAACAGCAAACAUGAUUGCGUCGAUGUCCAAUCCCUUGGGUAUUCUAAUAGCAAACGUGUUGUCACCUGCACUAGUUCCAGAAGGAAAGCACAUUCCGCUGAUGCUGGGUGUUUACGCCAUCCCAGCAGUAACAGCCUGUGUUCUAGCAACUGUUGGGAUUCAUGAAAAGGUUCCUCCAACACCUCCUUCUGCCAGUGCCAGUAACUCCACCUCCCAGCCAUUCCUCACAGGGCUCAAAAUGCUCCUGAGAAAUAAGUCAUACAUCAUCCUGGCUGUGUGCUUUGGAGGAGGAAUUGGGAUGUUCACCUGCUUUUCAGCUCUACUGGAACAGAUCCUCUGCGAAAAAGGAUAUUCAAAUGUGUUUGCUGGCCUGAAUGGUGCACUAUUCACCACAUGCGGUUUGCUGGGUGCUUUCCUAUUAGGACUGUAUGUUGACCGAACAAGGAGGUUUAUAGAGUCCACCAAGGUCUGCUUCUGUCUGACUGCUCUUGCUUGCAUCAUGUUUGCAGUGGCAUCUCGUUUCAGACACGAGGCCGUGAUACUGGCCGUAGCCAGCUCACUGUUUGGGUUCUUCGGUUUUGCCAUCUACCCCGUUGCCAUGGAGCUGGCUGUGGAGUGCUCCUACCCCGUGGGAGAGGGCACAUCUACCGGCCUGAUUUUUGUUGCAAGCCAGGUCCAAGGCAUGAUUUUAAUGAUUCUGCUGCAAGCCCUCACCGUGCGGGUUUCUGAUGACUCAUCCUCCACCUGUGCCCUCGACCAAGACAGAGCCCUGGACUGGACCAUCCCAACGCUGGUGCUGGCUGGGCUCUGCAGUGCUGUGGCUUGCUUCUACGUCAUCUUCUUCAACACAGACUACAAGCGGCUCCAUGCCGAGACAAACAGUGGCACGUCGGUCAAUGCAGAAGAUACGGCAGCGGGAACUGUUCCUGAAGCCUAACCAGGCUGAAAAGGGUACACAUCAAGGGCCAGUUAUGGAAGGACUCAGGUCUGUGGGCAGGGGCUAUGACUGUGAGUGCUCAUCUGAAACACUGGGAUGUUUGAUUUCUGUUGCACAACAAGCAGCCUGGAUUUAAGAAGAAAAGGGCUAGAGCAGAGCUACUGGGGUGCUACUUCUUGAGCUUCCCCAACUCUUGCAUUUAUUUCUGAGACUGGGGUGCGGAGUACUGGGUGGUUAUGCUGCCAGAAAGACCAGAGGGGGGUCAACUACAGAAGUACAGCAGGUAUUUUCAGCUGUCUUGAUUCAAGCAAAAGGAUUGUUGCAGAGGAGAAGAGCACAUUUCAGCCAUUUUUUUGUUUUCAUGUGCUUGGACCUUGGGUGAAGCUUUCGGAGGGGUAGAAGCCAUGCCUACCAUAAAGUUGUCAGAAAAUUAGCUUGCAAGUACUGCGGUUUUUGUGUAGCAUGACGCUCUUUCCCCCUCUAACCUGGAGCUAGCUGUGCCUCUUCCUUGCCUAAAAGGAGGCAGGAGCUAGAGCAUCUAUCUUUCUCUGGCAGGAGGGAGACCUAGGCAUAUUAUCUGCAGUAUAACUCUGUUACAAUGAGCCACAUUGUCUUCUCCUACAAAUGGGAAAAGGAAAGCUCUGCCUGCAGGGCUGACCAUAAAAAAAAAGAAAUCAGUAAGCAGCAGGUGCUAAAUGUGGCAGCCUUCCUUGCUGCUUCUAGUCCCUUGCCAAAUAUUGAGAAAUUCAGGAUCAGUUUGUUUUGCCUUGUGCUCCUCUUGUCUCACCAGCUCUCCUGCUCUUCCAGUGAUUCAAAUUUUCCAUGGGAGGAUGAACCUGCCACUGUAAGAACAGGGUUGUAUAACCUCCCCAGACCAAGACUUGUGCCCUUCUACAGGAGAACACUGAGAGAGCAGCUUACUUUCUGGAAAAAAUCGCAGUGCCUUGGGAAAGGUGGCAAGAAAACAAGCAAAGGUUACCAUGUAAAGAGUGCAGGUAGUCUUCAAAGUUUUUGCAAAUAAUAUGAGUGGUUUUGAGGAAGGCCAAGUAAGGAGUAACACUACACAGACAUCUUCUAGUUCCUGCUGCAAUUCACAGCUGUCCUUCAGUGUUUGAAGAGAUGGUAGAUGCACAAAAGAUCCCCUUUGGAAUUCAGUUACCGUAAGAAUUGCAAAGGGUGCAAGUGAACCUUUCUGCUGUCUACAAACAGCAAUACUUGCACGGCAGUCAACUAUCCUGCUUCGUUUCUCAAGUCUAGGUAUAAAGCUGGAGCACUUGUACUCCUGUGGCAUUUCCAUGCUAGAAGAAAUAAGAUAGGUAGGGCUGGGUGAGUCUUUGUAUCAUGCAAUUUGCAAGGAGAUCUCAGCACUUUUGUUAAUCAAGGAAAAUUGUUGCAAAUUUGAGCUCUGAAGAUUAAGCGACAUUCUCCAGUCUAGCUAGAACACUACUCAAAGUGAAGGAUGCACUUUUCUUGGGGAAUACUAUAAAGAGGAGCUCUCUCACUGCUUGGAGUCUCUUUCUUACCUCUAGAGGCAAGUAGAAAGCCUCUAGAAGGCAUCUAACUGCAUACAGAAAGAGCAUGCUAGUUCCUAUAGCUGCAGCCCUGCUGUCACCAGUAAUCACUAAUUUCUAUCUGAAGGAGCAGGAAGGAAGAUGAGUUCAAAGAAAAUGAACUUGGAUAUGUCAGGAGUUGGAAUGGCUGUCUUGUUCAAAACUAACUUGUCAGUUCUGCAACCCUGGACCUAAUAUACUGAACAGAUUAACACUAAAUUUACUUGUCACUCCUGAGUCCUACUGUACUGUGAAGCAAGAAGUGCUUGGUGCUUGAUGAUUUUGUAUAUUUACAGACACACUUUUUUUUUUUUUUUUAAUAAAGGGCAAUUUAAGGAAA